AUGGGCACGGGCCGCGACGUUGAGCCUUGCCAGCAGUAUCCGCCAGCAACAACAGCUGAGGAACUCAACCACCUUGUCGAGGUCAUCAAGGAUUGGUCAAUUGGCAAUGGUCUCGCGGUUCGGACGCCGCCCGCGGUCAUUUCCCCGGAAGCAGAUCCAACCAAGAUAACUGCUGUGCCCGCACCUGUGACACUGUUUCCGACGGCCUUUCCCCGGCAAGCCUUCAUGCAAGGUCAGAAGGCGCAAAACGCAUAUAACGAGUUGGUUAUUGACGGUGAUGACUUUGUCCGCGAUUUGUGGGCGGUUCAUGAGACUGUCAAGUCAGAGGGAUACACACAGCCGCUCUCGCUGGGUCUCUUCCGAUCUGAUUACAUGGUCCAUGAGGACAAGUCUAGCGAGCCGCCCGCGGCUCAGGCAAAGCAGGUAGAAUUCAACACCAUUGCCGCGUCUUUCGGCGGCCUAUCUGUAUGCACCUCCAAGCUGCACAAGUUUCUGGCAAAGACCGAGUAUCCUCUCAUCAGCCAGCCCCUGGCUCCAGGAGCCCUGGAUCUUCCCGAGAACAAUGCCAUCAGCGGUUUGGCUGGCGGGAUCGAGGCGGCUUAUCAUGCGUAUGGAGACUCCGAAUUGGGACACGACAAGUGUGUCAUCUUUCUAGUCCAAGGUGGCGAGCGCAAUGUCUUCGACCAGCGCCAUCUAGAGUAUCAAAUAUCCAAGUCGACGCCGACCAUACCCGUCUUCCGGCUAGCCUUCACCGACAUCAUGGAGCACACGUCUCUUGCCAAAAGUUGCAAGCGCCAGCUUCUCUAUGCUCUCCCCACAAACAGGAGCAAGGUUUUUGAGGUUGCUGUUGUCUACGUCCGAGCUGGCUAUGGUCCUGGGGACUAUCCGGAUCAGCAAACCUGGGACGCUAGAUGUCACCUUGAACGCUCGCAUGCCAUCAAGUGCCCCACAGUCCUCACGCAAGUAGCUGGCAUCAAGAAAGUACAGCAGAUCCUCGCAACUCCUCGACCGUUAUCUGAGCCAUCGAUCCUCAGUAAAUUCAUACAAGAUGACACGCCAUCUGCCGUUGCCCUAUGGAACACGUUCACCAACAUUUACCCAAUGGACACGUCGGACGUGGGCUUGGAGGCACGAAAGAAGGCUCUCGACCCCGAGCAGUGCGUCGACUAUGUUUUGAAGCCACAGAGGGAGGGCGGCGGAAACAACAUCUACGGAAGCGCGAUUCCCGAUUUCUUGAAGCAAGUGCCAGAUGCUCACUGGAAUUCAUACAUUCUCAUGGAGCUUAUCAAAGCGCCAGCAGAAAUCAACCUCAUACUGCGCAACGGAAAUGUUGAAAACGGUAGAGUAAUUUCUGAGCUUGGGAUAUACGGCACAUGUCUUUGGAACCAAGAGACGGGAGAGGUCAUUCGAAAUGAACAGGCAGGCUGGUUGCUCAGAACCAAGGGUGAAGACAGCCAAGAGGGCGGCGUUGCUGCUGGAUACGGUUGCAUGGACAGCGUGUCACUGAUAUAA